GCCAAGUGAACCACCACCCAAAUUGAUUAGUCCGGUUGUUCGUUGCGGUCGGAAGGCUAAGCGGUAAUUGUGUUUUAGCGUAUACAUACAUUGCAAUUGGUUUCCGAAUUUGGUAAAAAGUACUCACAUUUUGCAGCAAAAAAAUGGCUUCUGGAGUAACUGUCUCGGAUGUAUGCAAAACCACAUACGAAGAAAUCAAAAAGGAUAAGAAACACCGCUAUGUCAUCUUUUACAUUCGCGAUGAAAAGCAAAUUGAUGUAGAAACUGUUGGAGAUCGCAACAGUGAAUACGACCAGUUUCUAGAUGAUAUCCAGAAGUGCGGUCCCGGCGAAUGCCGAUAUGGUCUCUUCGAUUUUGAAUACAUGCACCAAUGCCAAGGAACGUCAGAGAGCUCAAAGAAGCAAAAGUUGUUCCUCAUGUCAUGGUGUCCCGAUACUGCUAAGGUUAAGAAGAAGAUGUUGUAUUCCAGUUCUUUCGAUGCUCUGAAGAAAUCCUUGGUCGGCGUCCAGAAGUAUAUUCAAGCCACUGAUUUGUCGGAAGCAUCUCGUGAAGCCGUCGAGGAAAAGCUUCGAGCUACUGAUCGUCAAUAGACUACCACACAAGAUCGAAAGUAUGCCUGUGCAAUGCAUUUAACAUAAAAUCCACAAUGUGCAUGAAUCAGCGAUUACAUUUGUAUUCGGUCAAGAUCGCCAAUUUGUAUGAAAAUUUUCUACAUAAUUUGUAUUUUCAGUAUAAAUAAAGAAAAUUAAUUUAACAA